AUGGUCACCUCGUCCAUCGACGCCAACCCUCUUGACCCCAACACCAUGUAUACGAGCACUCCCAAGGCUCCCAAAGCCGAUGACCUUGAUAUAAUCAUAGACCGAAAUGUUGCACCAUCCCCCCGAGCGACAUGUGCGGAGCUUGCUCACCAACAUGCCCUUGAAGAUCUCCACGAUGUGACAGAGCAUACCUCACACCAACAUGAGACGCUAAGUAACAAUAUGAGCUCUUCCCGCCGCUCUUCGGAUCAAGGUGCUCAGUACCAUGAGCCUCGCAAGCCUGAGGAGUGA